UUUUUGGUCUCCGCAAAGUGUAACAUUGUGUCCGACUGAUGAUGCAGUCUAUUGUCUACGUUGUUUUUCAAAACAUUUCGUCACAAGUAUGAUGGUUAGUACCCGCGCGAACUCCAGCCCUGAUGGAACUCUGCGUGCCGCUUCUGUGGCUGGCCGUUGUCGUUCCGGAGGUCGCGAACGGCUUGGCGCACGUGGAAGCAUAUAUCAAGAGAAAUAAACAUGCUGGAAAGAAGAAGUAUAGACCUAUAUACCAUAUAUCAUCUCCCAACGGAUGGGUCAGUGAUCCAACCGGUUUUGCUUUCUUUAAAAAGCAAUAUCACAUGUUCUUCCAGUUCCAUCCGUACAACGGACACUGGGGUCACAUUCAUUGGGGGCACGCUGUCAGCAUUAACCUCGUGGACUGGACACACUUCCCCCCGGCGAUCGUGCCGAGGGAGUAUUAUGAAAUGCACGGCUGCCAAUCCGGGACAGCUCUAGUUCACAACGAUUAUCUCACUUUAUUCUACACCGGAACCGUCGUAGCAGACAACGAAACAUUUCAGACGCAAAACCUGGCGUUGAGCGGCGACGGGGUCGUAUUCCAAAAAUAUAUAUACAACCCCAUCAUAAGAGAAGCUCCGCAUGGAGUGGGCGAAUUCAGAAAUCCUAGAGUUUGGAAAUUUCGUAACACUUGGUACAUGAUGAUCGGGACGACCUCGAGAGAAGGAAACGGGAAAUUAAUACUGUACACAUCUGGUGACAUGUUUAACUGGAAGCUGGACGGCACGAUAGCGGAGUCCAUGGGGGACAUGGGAAGCAUGUGGGAAAAUCCCGAUAUGUUUUUGAUGGACGGACAACAUAUUUUGAUAUUUUCAGUGCAGGGCAUCAAAGGCGAAGGAUACAGAUUCAGAAAUCCUUACCAAACGGGUUACGUCGUUGGUAAUUUCGACUAUGUGCUCGGCCAAUUUGAAGAUUUGGAAAUAACAACGUCGACUUUCACCGAGCUCGAUUACGGACACGAUUUUUAUGCGGCGAAGACCAUGCUCUCAACAGACGGCAGAAGACUGCUGGUGGCGUGGCUCGGGAUGUGGGGAAGCGAGUUUAUCGAGUCCAAGGACGGAUGGGCUAGCAUGUUGACGAUUGUAAGAGAAUUACGUCUAUCGGAUUCAAGCCGACUCAUCAUGACGCCGGUGCGGGAAAUGGUGGAGCUGCGUGCGGAGAUCCUAGAGGAUGCGUGGUACGGACCCGGAGAAAUGUUCAUCGCUGGGACGAAAUCUUUCGAAUUAAUAGUGAAUUCGAGUGCGAUAGUUUCGUAUGUCGGGCUUGUUUUUGAGUGGGGGAUAGACGGCAGGUUGUCGAUUGGGUACCACGCGGACCAUGCGCACGUGAGCUUAGAUCGCGGUGGUCCGGACGGGCUGCGCAUCGCGGAGUGGGCGCCCAACGGCUACAUACACUGGCGGAUCUUUAUCGACAGCAGCUCCGUCGAGUUGUUCUGCGGCGAGGGGGACGUCGUCUUCACGAGCCGCAUCUACCCAAAAAAGGACAUCCGAGUGCGAGUGUCGGGUGACACACAACUCCACAUCUUACAGUACCGGCUGCGGCGAAGCAUCGGACACAACAACAAGAGGCCCACCAAAGGCAGGAAGAGAACAAGGAUAUCCAACAAGUUUAAAAUAGAUCUGACUGAUUGAGGAAA